UUGUGUUCCAGGCUGCCUACUGUGGCUGGGCUGCCCAGAGGGCUGCCUCCUGCUAAGAUUUACGGGCUUCCUGAGAGGAAAGGGACCUCGACUAUUCCAGCGCUUCCUCUUGCAAGAAACGCUUCAGCACAGUAGGAAUAAAGAUGGCUGCCGACACAGUCGACAACAACUGCAUCGACUUCGUGGCAAUGAAAUUUAUUGACAAUACACUUUACUUUAUAACUGAAAAUGAUGAAAACCUGGAAUCAGACUACUUUGGCAAGCUUGAACCUAAACUCUCAAUCAUAAGAAAUUUGAAUGACCAAGUUCUCUUCAUUGACCAGGGAAAUAAGCCUGUAUUUGAGGACAUGACUGAUGCUGAUUGUGAAGCUAAUGCAUCCCAGACCAAAUUAAUCAUAAAUCUAUAUAAAGAUAGCUUUGCUAGAGGUAUGGCUGUCACCAUCUCUGUGAACUGUAAGAAAAUUGCAACUCUAUCCUGUGAGAACAAAAUUAUUUCCUUUAAGGAUAUCAGUCCUCCUGAUAGUAUCAAGGAGCCAGAAAGUGACAUCAUAUUCUUUCAGACAAGUGUUCCAGGACAUGAUACUAAGAUGCAAUUUGAGUCUUCAUUAUACAAAGGGUACUUUCUAGCCUGUAUAAAAGAGAGUGACCUUUUCAAACUCAUUUUGAAAAAAAAUGAUGAACCUGGGGAUAAAUCCAUAUUGUUCACUGUUCAAAAUAAAGACUAUUAACAUUUUACA